UAUCACAUGAAAUUUUUUAAUUAGUGUUUUUAUCUCCUAAACAUAAAAUCAUAUUAGAUUUUAUACCAGUUUUAUACCAGAAAAUUUUAAAGUCACUUUUAAAAUGACUUGCGAUAAUUAUUAUUUUCGAGAUUCUAUAUGUCAAAUCUAUAAAAACAAAAAAGAGUUUAAAAAAUUUUAGUGCUUCAAAUAAAAAUUUAAUUUAGAAUAUUACUUCUUCAUAUAUUAAAUUCGUAUAUCAUUUAUUACCAAUAUAAAUAUAAAUAAUAAAUAUAAAUUACUUCUGAGUUAAAAAUUCAACAAAUAAAUAAUUAGUAUAAUAAAUAUUUUAUCGAUACAAGUACGCAAUAACAUAUGUAAAUAAAUCGAUCCUAUCAUUUCGUCAAUUAAUAGCUGAAGACGCAGCAUUUGUCACGUGAUUUAGUUCCAUUGAUUCAAUGUAAUAUACAUUUAUAUUUAUAUUUUUUCUUAGUGCAACUGAAACAAAAAAAAAGAUUCAAACUAUUUUGAAUUAUACAAAAAAAACUUUUCUAGUAUAAAAAUUUGAAAUGUAUAAAAGAUAUAUGUUAUUAAAUAUAUAUACGUAUAUAUAUUUAAUAUUUUAUGAAGAAUUGUGAUAAUUUUAGAAGAAAUAAAAUUUAUGUGAUAACAUGUUAGAGGACGGAGUUACUACUACUCUUUUAUGUACAUUUUUUAUUAUAUUUUUCGUACUUAUAUUAAAUUUUUUUCAAUAUCUUGCAAGAGAAUCAUAUAUUCACAUUAGAGAUGUUACAAAAGAGCAUAACUGGAAAUCUAUUAAAAAAGAAAACAAGGCAUAUUAUUGUAGUAUUUGUGAAAGCUUGUUGUUAAAUAUUAGUGGUUUAAUCUGUGAUUCAUGUGGAGUUUGUGCUGAUCCUACAUGUGUUAAGAUCGCAGAUAAGCAAUUAAAAUGUAAAAUUAUUACUACAAAUAUAAAUGAACCAAUGAAUCAUCAUUGGAUAAAAGGAAAUUUACCACUAAAUGUUAUUUGUGACAUAUGUAAUGAGGAUUGUGAUAUGGAACCUGGAUUAACAGAUUGGUGGUGUUGUUGGUGUCAUAGAUGUGUCCAUGAUGACUGCAAAUCUAAACUUUCUAAAAUAUGUGAUUUUGGGAAAUUUAAAUUAAUGAUCAUUCCUCCAAGUAGUUUAGAAGUAAUAAAUCUACGAAAUACUGUAAGGCGUAGAUUACGUCUUUGUAAAGUUAUACCUCCAAAUUGGCCACAAUGGAAUCCUCUUAUAGUUGUUGCUAAUAAAAAAUCUGGUAAUAAUGAUGGAGCAGAAAUUUUGUCUCUGUUUAGGAGGUUAUUAAAUCCUGCACAAGUUGUUGAUUUAUCAGAAUGUGAUGCUGUUGCCAUUCUUGAAUGGUGUCGUUUACUUGGAAAAGUAACAUGCACACUCCUUGUAGCAGGUGGAGAUGGAACAAUAGCAUCUUUAUUAAAUGCUAUUCAUAAAGUGGGACUAAAGCCAAUUCCAUCUGUAGCAAUAAUUCCUUUGGGAACAGGUAAUGACUUAUCUAGAGUAUUAGGAUGGGGAAAAGAGCAUGAUUUAAAUAAAGAGCCUGAAGAUAUUCUACAAGAAAUACAAAUAGCAGAAAAAGUGGAACUUGAUAGAUGGACUGUAAUAAUAAAACCAUAUGGUGGAUUAGGGCUUAGAAGUUCCCGUCAAAUAUUCUACAUGUAUAAUUAUUUAAGUGUUGGUGUAGAUGCACAAGUAACAUUAAAUUUUCAUCGUACAAGAAAGAGUCGUUUUUAUUUUUAUAGUAGUCGAUUGUUGAAUAAGCUAUUAUAUUUGUGCUUUGGUAUGCAACAAGUAGUUGAACGAGAAUGUAAAGAUCUUAAUAAAAAUAUAGAAUUAUAUUUGGAUGAUAAAAAAAUAAAUUUGCCAUCUAUUGAAAGUAUUGUAAUAUUAAACAUUCCAUCAUGGGCUGCUGGUGUUAACUUGUGGAAUAUGGGAUUAGAAGGUCAUGAAAAAUACAGUAAACAAAGUAUAAAUGAUGGUAAAUUAGAAAUAGUUGCACUUUAUUCUUCAUUUCAUAUGGCUCAACUUCAAGUAGGAUUAUCUCAACCUUAUCGCCUUGGGCAAGCUAAUAGUGUAAAGGUAAAAAUAAUAAAAUCUUGUGCUAUGCAAAUUGAUGGUGAACCAUGGUAUCAACAUCCUUGUGAAUUUAAUAUUAAAUAUUGUAAUAAAGCCACUAUACUUAUGAAUUCUAUUAAAAAAACUAUAUAAUUCUUUCUUUUUGGAAAAUAAGAAAGAUUCAGUUACAUAUACAUUCCAAAAGAUAUAUGGGAAUGAUAACUCGAAGAGGUGAAUGAGAGGAAGAUGGAUUUUCUUGGUGUGAAUUCAUGUCAUCAUGUAUAGGAAGAAAAAAUUGUAAGUGAAGAAUAAAGAAUCAUUUAAGGUUGAUAACAUUGGAAGAAAGGGGCAGACAAGCCAUUCAAUAAUAAAAUUAUAAAAAUUAAAAGUUAAAAUAACAUAGUGCCAAUUCAUUAAGAGAUUUUUAGGUUUAGAUUUAUUAAUAGAUUCAUUGAAAAAAUAUAUAAGAAAUUUGAAAUAGUAAAGAUGAAUUUAACAUUUUAUUACAAAUUUUUUAUUUUUUUAUUUAUUAUUUAUUCAUAUAAGUAUUUUGUAGAUUUGGUUUUGUUAUCAAUAUAAAUAAGAUUUUAUAGGAAAAAAAAUUUUUUUAAUUUGUUCUUACUAGUCUAUAUAUCUCAUAUGUAUGUUAAAAAUCAUGUAUGUAAAUUCUUCCUUAUUUUGUAAAAGUAUAUGAAUACAAGUAUAAUAUUUUUUUAGUUCCCAA